AUGGGAAUUUCUGGAUUACUUCCAUUUGUCAAAAAUGCGUGCAGAGCGGGUAAUAUUAUUGAAUUAAAAGGAAAAUCUGUAGCGGUUGAUGUGAGUUGCCUUCUUCAUCGAGGUCUCACUGGAUGUAUGGACAAAAUUCAUAUGGGCGAAGAUACCACAAGUUAUGUCUAUUACGUGGAGAAAUACAUCAAAGAGCUUUUAUCAUAUGAUUGUCAUAUUGUGAUGGUGUUCGACGGUCGGCCGCUUCCUUCAAAAAAACAAACCAACGAUGAUCGAAGAGAACGAAGGGAGAAGAAUAUCGAGCACGCCGAGCUACUUUUGGCAAAAGGCCAAGAGAAACAAGCUCGCGACAAAUUUCGUCUAGCAACAAAAAUCUCGUCAAACGUCGUCGAGACAACGAUUGCGCAUUUUCGAAAUUGGAAAAAUGUCGACAUCGUCGUGGCGCCGUAUGAAGCCGACGCGCAAUUGGCGUAUCUGAUGAAGGCCGAACUAGUCGACGCCGUCAUCACGGAAGACUCGGAUUUGAUUGUUUUCGGCUGCGAAACCAUCUAUUUCAAAUGGCAAUCGGGAAGCGGCGAAUGCACUGUUUACGAGAAGAAGAACCUCCCAAAGUGUUUCACCGGUGAACUAGGCGGCGACAAGUUCGACUUUGUGAAAUUCCGGAGAAUCUGCAUCAUUUCCGGAUGUGACUACCUCCAAUCCGGUGUUCCCGGCGUCGGUUUGACAACGGCGGUGAAAUUUUUCGGAAAAACUUCAAUAACGCACAUUCCAACACUCUUGAAAAAACUCCCCUCAUAUUUGAACAAUGGGAAACUUAAAAACUAUAUUACACCGGAAUUUAUUGCAAAUUUCAUCAAGGCUGAAAAUACGUUCGAGUAUCAGGUGAGGCAAUCCAAUUUUGUUAGACGGAGGAGAGAAAAUCAAACUAUUUUUUUUCGGGUGGUAUUUGAUCCGAGAGAACGAUGCCAAAAACCGUUGAAUCCUUAUCCCGAACUCGACAAUGACAUCAUAGAGCUCGGUGGAGCCGAUAGUCAAGAAUCCAAUAAAUUCCACUACGCCGGUGAUGUAUUAAAUGCCAAUAUUUCAACAAGACUCGCGUUGGGCAACUCGGCCAAUGGGUCUUGCCUCGAUGAUAAAUUUCUGCCAAAUGAUUCGAAUCCGAGUUGGAGUGUUUGGUCGGACAAAUUUCAAAGCAAAGGAAAAAUUCAAGAAAUGGAGAAGAAGGAACGAGAAAAACCGCAAAUUUGGGACGGCGGCGCGUUCAAGCUUGAUCCGCCGAGUUUGAAACGCGUCAAAAAGUCAAACGAUUCGGAGAGCUCGAAAAAGCGAAUGAAAUUUUGUCUCGAUGAUGAAGACGACAUUGUUCAGAAUUUCAUGGACGACGUCAAAAAUGCCGCGAAGAAGCGCAAAAAUGCUCCAGACAUCGACUAUUCAGCAGAGGAAAUGUUGGCGAAGUUUGCGAAAAAACCAAAAAUCGACGAACCUGAAGUCGACGAUGCGAUUUUCGGCAUAAGAUCCCAAUUUGGCCUUCCAUUCAUUUUUCAUAUUUCAGAAUUCACCACACAGCCAUCAUCUUCGCAACCUGAAAUGACUAAAAUUGACUAUUCAAUUGAGAAAGAGGAGCCGGCUCUGAAGCCAUCACCGAUUGCUCUAAGAAAGACAAAAUCAUCUCCAACGUCGUCAAACAUCAAAAAAUUCCAGUCACCCAUACUUACUACGAGAAAUUCCGAAUCAAUUGUGCCAUCAAAACCAAAAAUUGUCAGUCAAAGUCGAUUUUUCGCCAAAAACACUGGAUCACCUAGUGUUUCAAAUCCUUUCCGAAGGCCGGCGUUUAUUAAAACUGAGGAAAUCGCGAAGAAAGAUUCUGAAGAGAAAACACCAAAAAUUGACUCUCCUCUAUCUGUGAUUGAAACUGAGAAUACUGUAACGAUCAACACUUUCCGGUUUGUCGGCUUUAAAGGGGCCGGACUCAGUCGAAAAAAGUUCUAA